AUGGCUCCUUUUCCUUCCCCAACGUCGACAUGGCGGACUGGAGUAUAUCCGUCAAUAUCCCCUACCCGCCCAGAGCUUUCUGCCAAAGGCAAGACUGUGGUGAUAACAGGAGGCGGUACCGGUAUUGGUGCAGAGACCGCUCGCUACUUCGCCGAAGCAGGUGCAUCUCUUAUAGCUCUCCUUGGCCGAAGAGAGCAGCCUCUUCAAGAUACCAAGGCUGCUAUUGAAGGGGAAUUCCCAAACGUCAAGGUUGUUGUUUCGUCCACCGACAUCACAAACAAGGUCGAAGUUGAGAACGCUUUCGCAAAAGUUGUUGGUGACAAGAAAAUUGAUGUCUUGGUCAGCAACGCCGCCAUGAUAGGCCCCCAAGAGGCAGUGGGUGAGGCAGAUGACACCAAGCUGUUAGAUGCCGUCUCGCAGAACCUCAGCGGAUCUUUGUACAUUGCCCAAGCUUUCCUCCACCACGCUGCAGCAGAUGCAGUUGCGAUCGACGUCUCCUCCUCAGCUGCGCACAUGAAUUUCCUACCUCGCUUUGCCGCCUACAGUGUUUCCAAAAUGGCAGUCUUCAGGCUCUGGGACUCAGUUGCCUUUGCACAUCCAGAAUUGUCAGUUUACCAUGUUCAGCCUGGAGUGGUGGACACUGCGAUGAACAGGGAAUCAGCGGCCAGUAUCAAAGGGUUGGAGCACCUCAUCCAAAAAGAUGAUGUUUCUCUGCCAGCUGGUUUCCAUGUUUGGUUGGCAAGUCCCGAGGCUCGUUUCCUUAAGGGCAGAUUUCUCUGGGCCAAUUGGGAUGUGGAUGAACUCAUGGCCCAAGCCAAAGACCUUGGAGCAAGCGAAAAGCUGACUAUUGGACUUAACGGAUGGCCAUUUCCGAACAGCAGCUGA